AUGUCACGGUAUUAUUCAUUUAUAAUUAUAUUUUUUAACGUUCUAAAUGAAGUUAUUUUUGUAAAAUCAAUAAAAAUGAACCAAUUGCCUUUUAAAUUAAAUGAAAGAAUAACGAUCAAACAUCUUCAAAUUUUACAUUUGUAUUCCUUAAAUUAUAAACAGCACAAAAUAUACACCUAUAUAAAACGUCCAUUAUUACACAUUAAUCAAAGAAAAUUAAGUUACUUAAAAAGUAAUAAGAAUAUUUAUUCUAAAUAUUAUAAUAAUGAACCAAUUUACAGUACUUAUAACCCAAUUUUAAAUUAUGAUGUUUUAGAUUUGAUAAAAGUAUAUGGAAGGCUAGCUGAACAUUCUAAUUAUGAAUCAUUAAAUAUAAUUAUAAAUGUAAAUGGAGAGAAAAAAAAAAAAUAUAGUGAUUUAUUUAAAAAUUUCUUUUUCUUUUUUAAAAAUAAUGACCAUAAUAAUUAUAAUAAAGUUUUAUGGUUUGAUCAUUUUUCAAAAUAUGGUAAAAUGAAUUUUACAGAUUUUAAAAAUUCUUUAUUAAAAUUAAGAUUUAAAUGGCCAAAAGAUUCAUUAUUUCCAACAUAUAAUAUUUUUUUAUUUGAAAAAGGUUUAAGUAAAAAUAUGGAUUCCCCAUUGAUAAGAAAAAAAGUAGAAAAAUAUAUUCAGCAUCAAGAAAUAAAUGAAGACGUUUUAAAAAGUUGUUUUUAUUGCUUCUCAUCAGGUAAGGAAUAUAUAACUGCUGAUGAUAUUUUAAACACAUUCAAUGAAUGGAAAGAGAACGAUAAAAAAAAAAAGAAAGAUGAUAAAAAAAAAUCAUUCUCCUUUUUUAAAAAAUAUAAUAAUACUAAUGAUUCAAUAGAUUGGUUUACUUUUAAGAAUAAUAUAGAUUUAUGUACAAUUAAACUACAUGAAUCUAAAAAGUAA